CUAGGAGGGGAGCAGACGGGGGUACGCGCCUUGUCACUCCCAGCAGGCGGAUGCCGAUGGAGUACACCAACUACCAGUUCAGCUCAUCUUCCACCUCGCGUCAGUCGUAGCAAUUUCGGCUGAAGCCGCAGUUUUCCGAUGGCACCGCCAGCUCAGCGCGCGUCGCCGCCGCGUAAUGCCACCGUACAUGCCGACCUCGCCAAGCGGGGACGACCUCGCCAGACUGUGGCAGAGCCCCGCGGGGCCGCGGCGGACGAGCCGAUGGAGUGGCCCCUGCCUGGAUGGGGCGGCCAUACCACCAUCGCCACGGAGGCCGCCGACGGGGGGCUGCUGCUCUCCGGCACUGUUUCGGAGCACCCGCUCGACGCCAUGGACGUUCUCCCCGAGGAGGUCAAGGGCGCUGCGGAUCGCGUCUGGGACAGCAUAGAAACCACUGUGUCCAUGAGCAGAACGCCCAGCGGCAGGACUAUGAGCGCGGAUGAGAAAGAGGAGUACCGGUUCACCGCAUUGUGGAGGAAAUUUGGCCACUCGUCUGAGGAGUUUGCGCCCGAGCUGCUUGAGAACCUCCGGCUCAGAACAGACGGUGGGCUCGACAAGCACAGGUUGAGGCGGUUAUGGAAUGAAGACAGGCACACGCCUGUUGUCAGAUGUGUCUCGUCGAUGAUGGUUUGUGCGAUGGCCAUCUUCAAUUUCGCUUACACUGCAAAGUUGGACCUGGAUACUAUAUUGUCUGACCGCACUCUCGAUGGCUUCCAUAUUCUGAACACCGUCGUUCCUGAGAACGAUAUACCCAUGGCGAGCGGUGCGGCUGGGGUCACGAUGCUGAUGGAGUUGCUGCUGAUCGGCUACCUCUACACCGAGAUAAUAUGUAUGCUUAUGGCCGCUAUAUUAUGCCCUGGCAACGGGGAAGGGUUGCGCUGGCGGUACGUGUCCAUGGUGUUCUGGCAAAAGCUGCCGCAUCUCACCACUGCUAGCGCUAUGCGAUCCUUGUCUCGCCUGCAUCCUGAUGUGUUCUUGCACGACUUGUCCAACUGCUUCGAAGCAGUUGGUGAGAAUUACAAAGCCCGUCACAUGGGCUAUGCUGUGCGGGACCUGCUUCUUUUCGCAUGUUCGCGUUCAUUUUUUCUUUGGAUUGGCCUGGAAGUGUUCCUGGUCAAAUUCAGAGUUGCGUCGCAGAUGGUGAACGAGAGCUCUGUCACAAUGGAGAACGUCGCGGUGGCGUCCAUGUUUCUGUUCCAGCUCCUGGGCAUAGUCAAUCUCAAGACGUUCAUAGGGGGCCGCCUGGACUUGUUUGUCUUCGGCGGGGCGGACGCCGUUCUCACCAAGACGGAGGCCGGCUUGCAAGACUUCUACUACGCCUUUCUCGCGAAGAGGUUGUGGCGGAGCUCGGGGCUGGGCCGUUGGCGCGCCUUCGUCGUGAUGACCAGCUUCACAGACAAAGACUUCCAGAGGCUGAUGCUGGACGAGGUGGCUCGUCCACGCGGCAGCGCGAAGGCCCGCAUGGCUCCCCCAUGAGCUUGGAGGCACGCUCACCUCACCUCGCCUUUUCUCUGGCCAUUGCCCCACCUCCUCUGCCAACUUCCCUCCUCUCCUCGCCUCCCCCCUCUGACUGCUUCAGCGGUCGGAGCCUGAAAGGGAGACAGCAACAAAGACUCGCGUUGCCUCCGUCCGCCCCCGUGGCCCGAA